GAUGCAUGGUAUUGAGACUCGACUGUUUGAAGGCAGUGGCAAGAAGGGAAAGAGUCCUGCCUACUCUAUCAAUGAUUUAGAAAAUAGUUUCUACAGAACUGCAGGAGAAGUGUUUUCAGUGAGCCUUGCACAGGGAGGUCCACCACCAUGCUUCCUGAGAAGCUGGUGUUCUCAGUUUCUUGCAACAGGAAACUUCGAUGCGCUUCAGCUGACCAAAGAUGAUGUGGAUGACACUGAAUAUAGGUCUCUAAUUGAAAAGGUGGAAGUGGCAGACAACCUGACAGACCUCACUGAAGACAUUGUGAGCUGCGGUUACACAGGACUUGUGAAGCUGGACAAACGGGACAGUAUAAUAAGAUCAAUUGUUGUGCAUGCUACGGUGCGUCUGACUCCAAUGCUACAGCAAAUCAUAAAUGGCAUGAAGAUCUACAACCUUCUGGAGGUGAUUGGAAGGCACGAAAGUCUCUGUUCAAACCUGUUUGUUCCCAGAGAUGAGAAUGAUGAUACAGCGCCGGAUGCUGAUUACCUAAUGAGCAUCCUUGAGCCUGAGCUGAGUGAGAGGGGAAGUCCAAGGCAUGCCAAAGAAAAUGCCAUCAUCAACUUCUUCCAAGACUUCCUGGAGAAUCUUGAAAGCUCAGAUCAGGAUAAAGACAAAAAGAGCUGUGAGUAUGGGAUCCAAGACCUACAGGACCAGGACGAACACUGGAAUUCCAAACACCAACCACCGAGAAUGUCUGUCCCAGCGAUUAUGCAGUGGUUAACUGGACAAAGACACAAACCAUGCCUUCCUUCAGAAAGGGCAAAUUUUAAAAUACAUGUAAGAUUUGAGCAUCAAUGCAAAGAUACGAUGCCUGAACACUACAUAUGUUACCCACUUGUAAGUGCCUGCACAAACACAAUCUUCUUUCCUGUGGCACACAUGAACUCAUACACCGAGUUCACAGAAGUUAUGACAACAGCUGUCACAAUGGGGAGAGAUUUCAGCCGUGUGUAGUUAACACUUGAAUAGCAUACCAUCACAAGUUAUGCAGUAUUGCACUGUAUUUCUACUAUUUGUUUAACCCUUUAAACCUAUUUCAGUUCUUGGAACACAGAGUAAAAAAGGAAAAAAUAUUUACAGUUAAAGAUUAUUUUUCCACGUUGUUUCACUUUUUGUUCUUAUAAUGUUAAAAACUAUGUUCUCAAAACGGAGGAGCCCAUUCAGAAGACUGCAUUCAUAAAAACUUGAGUCUAAGAUUCAACUUGUUCGCAAAUUAAAUUCUUUAAGUCUGAAGAAGUUUAAGUGAAUUUUGUUUAAAUAUAUUUUCUGUAUA